UGUUUAGGUUUAAACUUUAGGUUAGACUUAAAAUCUUUCAAGACUUUGACUAUUUAUUAUUUAUAAUACUAAUAUCGAUAUUCGCUUUCGCUGGGUGCUGGCUACUGAGUAGUGAUAUCUGAAUCUGAACAAGUAUUAAGGAAAGUGUCUGUACGUCGUGCGUCAACUAUCGUUUGUACUGUGCAACUAUUUUUACAUCGCAGCUAAUCUUAGUUAACGCUGUCGUAUUGACACCUCUCAUAUACAUGAUCAAUUUGCUGACACUUUGGUGCUCUGCGAUUGCUUGUUUCCAAUUCACUACUGCCAAUCUGUGAGAUACUUUUGGUAGUCUUCUAUCCAUCCCGUCCAUUGAUGAUGUCUGAAACCAGCAGCUCUAGUUCCAAAGAGGAAAAUCUAAAUGAUAAAUCUAUGUCAAUUACACAUGCAAGUGAUGAUCAGACUACAAUUUUAACUGAAAAUGUAACAGUGAAACUUGAAUAUCAAAAUACUGAAUCAACUUCUGAGGUUCAAUCCAUAACAUAUGAGUUAGAUGAAGAUGAAUUGAAUAUUGACGAUGAUUUACCAGAAGGAUGGAUAAAAUGUAAUCAUGACAGUGGUAUGCCAGUUUAUUUAAAUGAAGAAAUGAAAGUUUGUUCAUUUUCAAAACCUUAUUUUCUUGGAGUCAAUAGCCUCAAGAACCAUAAUAUUCCAGUAGCAAAUAUUCCCUGUUUGGAUUAUAAACUAAGAUUACAAAAAAAGAAUGCUGAGAGUAAUGAAGAGUUGAAUGAAUGUCCUGUAACAUUGAGCCAUGAACAAUAUCGAGAAUAUUGUAGUAAAAUAUUCAAAUUUAAAAAUAUUAAAUUCAUGAGAUUUAGUUCUUGGGAUAAACGCCGUGAAUAUAUUAGAAUGGUAAAAGCUGAUCGAAGAAUUAAAGAUCUUCCAAAAUUAAAAGAUAAGUCUCAUUUAAUGUCGUUUCCAGUUCAAGAACCAGAUGUUAAAAGCGAUUGUAAUACAUCCAAUCCUGAAGAUCAAUGGACUAUUAAUUUAAAUGGUAAAAGCUAUGUUAGCAUAUUGCAUGAAUACAUUCAACGUGUACUCAAAACACAGCCAUCAUAUGAGUUUAAAGAACUUGAAAAUGCCAGGUAUCCUUACUUAGCAACAGUAAUCCUAGAUGGCAUGCAAUAUGGUAUUGGUAUUGGUUCAAGCAAAAAACAAGCUAAACUUGAUGCUGCUAGAGCUACACUGGAAAUAUUAUUACCGUCUGUCAAAGAUCAUAUCCAAAUUAACCGUAGGCAUGCAAUGAAUGAACGUCAAGGUUGUAGUAAUUUUGAUGGUGAUGUACUUUUUGAUAAACUAAACAUUAAAGACUCUAGAAUACCAGAAUUCUGUGCUCAAGCUGCUGAAUCUAUGCCAUAUGAUAUGUUGCAGAUUUGUGUAAAAAGAAAUUUUGGCGAAGAUGCAUGUGUAAUGUGUGAAAUGCAAAGUAUGCAAAGUGGAACUGACUCUGAAAUUUUUUACCGUUGCACCAUGACUGUUAAGGAACAUUCUGCCACUGUUAUUUGUAAAAAUAAACGUGAAGGACGGCAAAAAGGAGCUCAAGCCCUACUUAAGGUGUUACACCCUCAUAUUAAGUAUUUUGGAUCUUUAUUAAGGCUGUACAGCCAUCAAAAUGUUGGAAGUGGCUGUGAGAAAAAACUAGAUGAACCUGGAAAUCAAAGCCCAAGGCCUAGGAGUGGUCCAAAUUAUGAAAUACUGAAAAAAUUGAGAGCAGAAAUGUCCAAACUAUAAUUGUAUAAUUGAAAAAAAAAAUUAUCUAAUGUUUUUGUGUGCUGAAAAGUAAUUUCAGUGUAGAAAAAAUUGUAUUAUUUAAUAACCCAAGGCAUCUAAAUCAAUAUAUACAAUUGUGCACAUUUAGAUUUUAAUUUUAAGAUACUAUUUUGAUACUUGAUAAAUUCUGUAUGUCAAUCAAAUUAAUGUUGUAAUUAAUAUUGCUUCUUUAGUAUUAGAUCUUUACUAGUGAUGUAUUCAGGGGCUGCUUGUCGGGGGUGAAUUUAAAACUGCAUCUCCCCUUAAAAAAAACUAGCUAUUUAUAAUAAUUACUUUAAAAUAAAUAUAUAUUUGUAUCUGAAUUGAAAAUAUAUUA